AUGACAGCUCUACCUGAGCCCGGGGAAAAAGGGGCUUUAACAGCAAAAAUCUUCAGCUACACUAAAACCCGGUAUGGCGUCAGCACGGGCAAGCCAUCAGAGAAGAACCUGUAAAUCAACAUAACCGGGCCCGGCAUGCCCGCAAAAAGGGGCUAUGGGGAAUUUCGCCCCGAGAACAUCAUCCUGUACGGCCCCAAACAUUGGGAAAAGGCGGCCACUAAAAAAACCUGGCCUACCGGCUUACCCAAAAAAAAAAAGGGGGGCGCCGUCAUCCUCCACUCCCCCCUCAUGUCCGCAUCCCGGGUGGUCAACACCAAGAGAACGUGGUUUUGUGAUUUAUUUCCCAGCAUUGAGAAGGUGCCCAAGAUCACAUCUCCAGUUCUGGUGAUCCACGGGACAGAGGACAAUGUUGUUGACUUCUCACACGGCCUUGCGAUCCACGAGCGCUGUCCGCGAGCUGUUGAACCCUUGUGGGUGGAGGGUGCGGGCCACAAUGACGUAGAGCUGUACAGCCAAUACCUUGAGCGACUGAAGCAGUUUGUAAGCGUGGAGCUGGUUAAUUGACGUCUUGGGGAGGCCCCCCCUCCAUCCAGUCAAGGGGGGCUCAAUCAC